AUGGUAUCACGUAUUGCUGAAUUGGAGGCUUAUCGGACGAUGUAUCGUGAGCAGAUGUCAUCGAUUCGUCGAGAACUGCAGCAAAUUGGUGUUCCACAAGCAAAAAUUCUAUCUAUAAAUGCAACUCAUGUUGCUAUGCUUGAUAACAUCAAUCACAUCAUUCAACUUGCUAAAAAUGAGCGUAGACCUACUGCCUCGCAUAAUGGUUGGAUGCCGAAUACACCGGUCACGCCAUGUGCUCCAUCUCCACCUCCAUAUGUAAAGGAUGUCGAGCCUCCUUCUCGUGAAACGACUAUAUGCCAGGAUACAGCCCCUCAAUCACUCAAUGAUGUGACAAGCGAUUGUGGCGAUGAGUGGCAUGAUGCAGACGAACAUUCAUCACUUUCACUUGAUAGUGCUGAAGAGGCAAUAGAACGGCGAACACCACCCGGUGUUGGAGCGGUCGUAGAAGUGGCCGCUGCUCCGCAGGCAAUGAAUGAAGUCGAGCAGAAGAAACCCGCACGAACAUUGCUAUUUGGAGAUUAUGACAAUAUACUGAUUCCUAAAACUCAUGUGUAUUAUGACUUAGUGGACCAUUUAGCUAAAGAGCAGCUCAGGUAUGCCUUAGCCGGUGUUGAAGAUAACGUGUGGACCCUUUUCGCUGAAGAUGGUGCUAUGAAAAUGUAUACCCGUGAAGAAACAGUCGAUGGUGGAUUGCCGAUAGAUCCCCUCAAAGCUGUUCAUCAAGUGCAGGGAGUUUCUGCUCUUGAAUUCAUGCACUACUUCUUCGACGAUAAGUACAAAAUGGAUUGGGACCACACUCUCAAUGGCAUGCAAGUGGUAGAAAGAAUUAGUCGUGAUACACUGGUCAUUCAUCAAAAGCACAAAACAUUCCUCUUUAUGUCUUGUUUGUAUUGGGCAGGAUAUUCGUCAGGAGUGCUGCUCUCUUCGGGUACCCUAUUGAAAUGGACUAAUUACAUAAAUGGAUGGAAAGAAAGAUUUUUCGAGAUAAAACAUGGUCAGCUGAUGUAUUAUGCUAGCAAAGCCGAUCAAGGGUGUGGAUGUCGUGGCAGCAUUUCUCUGAAGAAGCUUGAGAUUACGUUUGUUUGCCAGAACAGAGACGAGAGGCUAAAGAAAACCAUAAACAUUGCGAUCAGUCAAGAGGAAGCAUAG